AUGCUUUCCCAACAAUUCUGCAUACUGUUCAUCUUGAUCUCUUUGUUCAAAAUACAUCUCUGCGCUGACUGUGAAGACGGUUGUCUACUGAAGCCAGACACAGGUCGUUGUCGUGCUGCUAUUCCAUCGUAUUACUACGAUCCAAGCUCAAACACGUGUAAAGUAUUCACCUAUGGGGGAUGUGGUGGUAAUGGAAAUCGAUUCCCUUCAAAAGAAGCUUGUGAAAAGGCGUGUAACUGUGGAAAACCUAAUAAUAAGCAAUAAAUAACACCAGCUUUUUCGGGUCUUAUAUACGAUGAAGGUGACAGUAGUGACUGAUAUGGAUUUUCAAAUUAUGCCUUCAAACAAAAUACCUGUGAUUAUUAGUUUAAUAUUUGUCACCACUAACUUAAAAAGCUAAUGCAUAGGGUAUUUUAUAAUUUAUAUAUCUCUUCUUAUCGUUUUGUGCUACGUAAUGCUUAUC